CUGAAGGCGGCACAGCCCAGCCUUCAACCCUCUCCUGAGGCCUUACAUAAUAAAUCGUGAAGCCACGCCCACUUCUGAAGCCUCCAAAUAGGGCCAAGGUCCCAAACAGGACGACACUUUGAGCUUUAAAGUAGCAAACGAAAGACGUGCGCAGCCUGAAGAGCGACUUCAGGACACUUGGACUCUUGUGCGCAGCCAGAAGAGCGGAAUCGCACACUUAUUUUGCGUUUGGAGCGGACUUGCACGAUCUGCGCGAUGAUUUUCGACAAGUUGAAAAAGUUGGACAUCGUCUUCGACUCCCCGGAGGUGGACUGUCCUCCGGUGUUCAGCAGCGGGGACGUGGUCUCCGGGCGCGUGGCGAUGGAGCUGUCCGCGGAGACCCGCGUGGACUCCCUGAAGCUGCACGCGGAGGGCUUCGCCAAGGUGCACUGGACCGAGUCCCGGUCCGCCGGCUCCAGCACCGCGUACACGCAGAACUACAGCGACGAGGUGGAGUACCUGAACCGGCGAGAGGUGCUGCUGCAGGCAGAUAACGGCGACGCCACCGUCCUCCCGGCCGGCAAACACGAGUUCCCCUUCAGCUUCCAGCUUCCAGAGGAGACGCUGGUCACCUCCUUCGAGGGGAAGCACGGCAGCAUCCGCUACUGGGUGAAGGUGAAGCUCCACCGGCCGUGGGCCACCGUCCGGAAGGUCAAGAAGGAGUUCACCGUCAUCGAGCCCAUCGACAUCAACACGCCGGCCCUGCUGGCACCUCAGGCCGGAACGAAGGACAAGAUGGCGCGGGCUUGGUACCGCAACUUCGGACAGGUGUCCGUCACGGCAAAGAUCGACCGCAAAGGCUACACACCAGGCGAGGUGAUCCCCGUUUUCGCCGAGUUCGACAACUCCACCUCCCGGUCCAUCGUCCCCAAAGCGUUCAUCACGCAGACGCAGACGUUCAUCGCCCGCGGCACCAUGAAGCAGAAGCGCUCGGUGGUGGCCACCCUGUGCGGCGACGUCGUGGGCGCCAGUCGCCGGGAAACGUGGCACGGCCGCGCCAUCAAGAUCCCGCCGGUGGGCCCCUCCAUCCUGCAGUGCCGCAUCAUCAAAGUGGAGUACAUGCUGAAGGUGUGCGUGGACGUUCCUGGAACGUCUAAGCUGUGCCUGGAGCUGCCUCUGGUCAUAGGCACCAUCCCCCUGCAUCCCUUUGGCAGCCGGACCUCCAGCGUCAGCAGCCAGUACAGCGUGAACCUGGAGUGGCUGCGUCUGGCCAUCCCCGAGCAGCCUGAGCCUCCUCCAGAUUACAACUCGGUGGUCACGCGCGAGGAGGCGGCGCAGCGCGACAACAUGGUGGUCCCACAGCCCGCCGAGGACCUGAGUGGGAUCCUCGAGCGCCCCCUUAUGGCUUUUGUCCAAGAGUUCCGCUUCAGGCCUCCGCCAGUGUACAGCGAGGUUGACCCCAACCCUCAGCCCGUCAGCAUGAGACCCCGCUGCAUGACGUGCUGAACCAGAGGCCUCGCCUGCGCGUCGAGCGACUGACACUGAUGAGCGAAUAAAGAGAUUCGUCUUCUCCUGGAUAACCUGUCUCUGAUGAACGGCACCUGGUCCCACCCAGCGCUGCGGGUGAACCGCCGGGACGCCGAGGGGACGCCCGGGGAGCAAAUGGAGCUCACCAGAACCGGGCGCCGGUGGAGGAGCUGCCACCUCCGGUCCAUCGAGUAACAUGGACACUGUUUAUGCUCUGUCUUGAGGUGCGCAGCUUCUCGGUCCCCGUCCUCCCGAAGUGAUUCAUUUUUUGGCUCGCGGACAUUUGAGCUGCAAAUACCUCCCAAUCAACGAUUCCGUCACAUGGAGAGCUUAUUUUUCUGGGGAGAUCACUUGAUAUUUGUCGGGUCAGAGGAGGAGUUGUACCUGACUCGGGGGGGAGGGGGGCGCUUUUGAAUAGUUGACGUUGUCAUCUUUGAGUGGCGUUAAGGAAGAAGUGCAAUUAUUGUCUUCAACUUCCAACUCCCAGUAGAUUUCUAUCCACCUACAGUGCUGUGCAGGGUUCCUGGGCUGGUUUCUGCUGGUUUUUCUGUAUCUAAAUGUGUGACGGUGGAACAGACAAAGUCAAAUAUGCAGAUGUAGAGGAGUUUUAAUGCAUGCAGGUAACAAUGUGUAAAAGGGAAACCUACCAAUGCCUUAAUAAUCUGCCGUUAAAAGAUUGCAUGAGUGUUUCAGGAAGUUGUUCUCACAGUUCUGUAAGGACAGUUUGAGUUUGAUGUGGAGGAAAACUAAGUGUUAACGCGAGGGUGGAGGCGCUGAGGCGCCCGCUCGCCGUGGCCGUUGUGUGUAAUGAGGCUCGUGGGGUCAGCUUCCCCCCAGCUGCUGAGCGAAAGAGGAGAUGUCGGGCUCCGCCGUGCUCCUUGCUCUGGACGCCGGUCGGGCCUUCAUCUGGAGACGCCGAUGUGUGUGUGGACAAAGAACAUUCCAAAAACGGACUCGAGGAUUACAUUUUCUCCUCCACUUCCAAAAAAAAACCCACUGUUGGUCUUCAGGGUCAGCUGUGUGACUCCAGUGGCGCACGCUGAGCAAUCGAAUGUAUUUUUAUACAAUUGCCGUUGUUGAUUCCCAACUUUGCCAAAGUUUUGUAAUGUUUUUCUAAUAAAACUAUGGAACGGA